AUGGGUGGGAAACCAUGGAGUUCGUCAGCAUGCGCCGUCUGCAAAAAGCGCAAGGUCAAAGUAAGUGACUCGUCCAAGAAAAUUGAGAAUCCCCUGACUGAGGAUCGACAGUGUGGUCUAGAAGAGCCUCAAUGUGCACGAUGCGUCAAAAGAGGUAUCCCAUGCCCUGGGUACCCAGAUCGAAGUUUCAUUCACCAUAAAUUCACCCGAUCGAGUUAUGAAAAACCAGAUGUGGAGACAAUAUUUUCGACGCCUCUUACCCGAACACGGAGAUCGCUAUUGCCUCGCACGGUGCCAUCGGCCCCGCAGACACGCAUGCAAAUGUCAUCGGUUUAUAUCCUGAAUUACUUUCCAAUCGAUAUCAAAGAGAGCUUUGGAGUUGAGUCUUGGUAUGCUAUAUUGGAAAAUCUAUUGAUACUCCCAAGCAAGUCGUUGAUGCUUGAGAAGGCCAUCUCUGCACUGUCUUGCAUUUAUCUUGGGAAGAUCAAGGGGGAUGAAUCGAUUCUGCGGUAUGGCGUUGAAUUGUAUAACGAGGGCAUUAGACUCCUAGCAAAUAAGUUGCGGCGUGGCAUUCUUGAUGAUGACGUUCUCUACACUACUGUCGUCUUCCAAGUCCUAGAGAUCAUACACUGCCCUCACGGCCUCCGAAUCUGGCUUUCUCAUAAAGCAGCAACAAACGCUAUUCUAAAGCGUUCUUAUUCGAACAUUACCGCCAGUGCUAAUCCUAUCAAAAAGGCUAUAGUCGACAUCGAGAAGCUUGCAACUAUGUAUGCUGUGACAGCACCAAAAGGAUCCAUGAACAACUGGCAAAGCCUGCUACUUUCUCCCGCGGCCAGCCCUCUAGACGAAUUAUUUGAGAUAUACGUUAGCAUUAACGAACUGUUUAUCAAAGUAGAGGAGAUCAGAUCCAUUGGCAGUCAGACAAGCCAUGCAGAUCUCUCUGCUUGCUGCUCUCUAAAACGGAGAAUUCUCACAUGGUAUAUCGAAAAAGGGAGCACAAUUGGGCAUCCUCCCACCCAAUACCUCCACGGCGAAUCCCCAUGUGCCGACCUCUCUUCAAACGGACUAUUCGGGUUACCUUAUCGAUUCCAAAACAUGAGCACCGCACGUUACCAUAUCUUAUACUGGAUGGCCUUAAUGACCGUCGAGAUGCUGAUCCAUGUCAUCUUUACCUCAAUGACACACGCUAGUAACCAGGAAUUUUCAAAGAGCACAUCCAUUUCACACGAGUCAUGUAUCAUGGCGGAGUACUAUGCCGAUCAAAUUUGUCGGUCGAUACCGUAUUGUCUCCAGGAAAAAAUGAGUUCCUGGGGAACCCACGUUAUUUUGUCAUGCAUGAUUCAUGUGAAGAAGCCUUACAUCUCCCUCCGCCGAAAAGCCAAAUUCCAGUGGUGUCGGGACGCGUUGCAGGUUAUGAAAAAACGUGGCAUUGAUAUUGCAGGGAUUUUGAGUGACCUCAACCUGGAUAUACAACGCGCUUUUGAGGCAUCUACUGUGGGUCAAGUGACUGAGAUGAUACUACGAGAUGACUUAUUCAUAUCACCAUUCAAAUCUUUGGCGCUUGAAUCGUCAUCUCCUGGAAGUAUCAGUGAUCAGGAUGAAGUUGAAGCAUGA